UCUAAUUUCGAUCAUUAUUUGUUUAAAGAAUCACAGAUAAAGUAUUCCUGUUCCCAAAUCAAUUGAAAAAAACCUUAAAAUUACAUUUAGCCUUUUCUUUCUCCAAGGACUUCAUAUUUUCAUGUCUAAUACAACUCAUUCCUCUUCAGAAGCCCUCUUUUACUUUUGGAAUUGUUUGUUUUUAAUAAAGGAGUCUCUCUUUUUAAUAUGUCAAUUAAAUGCUUUGUGAUUGUUCUCGGGUUCAAGCUAGCCAUGAGCGUGGUAACAUACAUAGUCCAACACUGGCAAUUAUCCAAAAGCCGUGAUUUUGGGAUCAGCUCGUCAUCUUGAAAUUUGGCAACACUACACUACUUGUGUACGCCUUUUAUCAUUCUUUUCACCUUCAGACGUAAACCAUCUCUCAUGGAGAAUAGUUCAAAUUUUGAAAAUGAGAGGAGUUUUGCCCGUUAUUACACUACCCUAUUGUAUUAGCCAUUGAAUAAAAACUUUACUGAAGAUUGCAAUAAUAGAGUUCAGUUGUAACAAAAUACGCCGUGUCGUGUUAAACAAAGAAAAGUGAAGAUUGGUUGCGGAAUUCGUCACUAGGGUAUCCCUGUGCACUGCCGGGUGCUAUUUUCGGCAAAGCUCGGGCGUUCGCCUCUGGUGCAGUGAGGAGAAGGUUUAGUCGGUAACGCUCACGGCCUGCGUUCGCGUCGCUAUUCUAUGCAACAAGUGAAAUUGGUAUUCGGGACCCUCUACCCGGCUUAUGCCUCAUACAAAGCUGUCCGGACGAAGAACCUAAAGGAAUACGUAAAAUGGAUGAUGUACUGGAUAGUGUUCGCCUUGUUCACAUGCACGGAGACGUUCACCGACGUGUUCCUAUCAUGGUUCCCGUUCUACUACGAGGUGAAGAUAGUGCUCGUACUGUGGCUGCUUUCGCCGGCUACAAAGGGUUCCUCCAUACUGUACAGGAAGUUUGUUCACCCAGCGCUCUGCAGGCGGGAACAGGAAAUAGAUGAGUACAUAGCGAAGGCCAAAGACCAGGGUUACCACACAGUUCUCAAUUUGGGCACCAAAGGCGUCAACUAUGCCACAACUGUUAUUAUGCAGACCGCCAUUAAAGGCGGCGGUGGAUUAGUACAGCAGCUCCGCAAGAGUUACAGCCUGUCUGAUCUGACGGAGUGCGAGCCCCGCGAGGAGAGGGGCAGCGAUGAGGCUGAUGACGUAUUAGCAGAGCCUAGGCUGAUUAGGCGAGGAGGAAAGAGUGGGUUCACGACUCGUCGCAGCGCUUCAGAAUCUAACAGCCGUUCGCCGAUGUACUUCCCAGAGGUGGAUGUCGAUGUCAGACCUCGCCCUAGGAGUGACGAGCCCGAUUUCAGUCACAUAAAGUCAUCGGAGGACAUAAGUUCUGGGUACUCGAGCGCGGACAACAGCGCGUCGCUGUCCCGCGCGGCGUCGCUGGGAGCUGGCGCGCGCGCCCGCGGCCGCGCCGCCCGCACCAGCGUCACCGCCAUCAAGCGCCCGCAGGCGGCCGAGGAAAGUGAAGUUAUCAUCGAGGAGCUACAGGACGACGAUAGUUUUGAGUAUGCGAAUAUGCCCGCACUUAUAAAUCUCCCGUCCCAAGUAUUCUUAUCCCACACACAACCCCCCUUCAUAUACCAAUAUGUUGGUGAUCAAGUUAAGAUUCUUCAAGUAUUAGGUAACUUCCCCCUUGACGCAAAUGUUGAUAAUCAAACCGAUACCAAUACAGUUUACCGGGACCAAAAAGAUGUAAAUUCUGUAAAAACUUUGUUAGAUAAUGCAGUAGAAAAACAUGUUACAAAAAAGGAAUCUAUAAUAAAAGAAGCAGAUAUUGUAAAAGAAAAUGAUAAUGUAAGCGACAUUCCCGUUGAAAGUCAACAAAAAGACAAUAAAGAUGAGCAAUUUAGUACAAAUAAAACAGAGCUAGACGAAACUGCCACGAAGGAAAUAGAUUCCGUUAGUUUGAAUAAAAAUGAAACUGAAAGUACGCCUCAUACUGAAAUAACGAGUUUCGAAACCUCAGUAAACGAUAACGAUUCUGUUGAAAGCGAUGAUGAAGCCUCAUUUGGAACGCCCGAUCAUUCACCAAAGAGUAAAAGAAAAUUCCCAAAGGGUAAAUAUGGAAAGGGCAAGGCCCCACCCCCGCCUAAAGAUGAUAUAGAUGAGGUGACAGACGCUAAGCAAGUUUUAAAUACAUCAGAUACCGAUACCAUUCCAGAUAGUACUUUAUCAGAUGAGGAAAAAUUACCAAACAUAAGCGUUCAAGAAGCUUUUGUAUCAAAAGGGUUACCUGUCAACCAGACAAAUGAAACCAAAAAGCGGCACAAAUCUAAAUCGCCGGCACGAGCCCCUAAAGGUAAUAGUUCAGGCUUCGGCAAACUGUUGCAGUUGCCUGGAAAGCUCGCUUUUUGGAAUAAACAAGAAGAGAAACCUAAGUCGGACAGUACCUCAACCUCAUCCGAUGAUAACAGUAGAAGAUCAUCAACUAUUGAAAAAACCGUUGAUGAUUUUCAGAGUUGUACUGAUUUAAAUACUCUUGUUGACGAUGAGAAUAGAGUACUCAAUGAUAAAAUUGGAGUACAGGAAGUCGACAAGGGCGAUGAUCAAAUUAGUUUUGCUGACGCCUCUGAUUUAGGAGAUGCUAUAAGCGAUAAAAGUAACGCACUUCAGAGACUUAUUGAGGCGAAGAUAGAGAGUCACCCAGAAUAUAAGAUAAUCUCACUUCAUGACAAUACGCCGACGACUUCAAAAAGCACUGACGUUUAAAGGCUAUCCUAUGUCCCAAGCCCGCUUUAAAAUUGCAGCUGAAGUUAGCACAACAGCAAUGCUGACGGCCUCUGCUACCAUACCUCGCGCAAAAAAAUCUAAUAAAAGGAAAACACAGUAGAUCAUACCC